AUGGCCGUCGUUAGCGAUCUGCCUUGCGAGAUCAUCGCCCAAAUUCUCGAAAACCUUGGUCAUGUCAGAGCUCUCUCACCUGUUAGACUCGUCUGCCGACAUUUUGAUGUCUCUUUCCGCGAGAACAGGACCCGGGUAUUGCGAGGUUUGCUUCAAACCCAAAUCCAUGAGGAUUUACUCCCAUAUGCCAUCGCCCUGGAAGUAGAGAAGCCAGCGCUUGGCUCGUCCGCUCUUACCAGCUUGAUUCAGACCAUCUAUGAGAAACCACAAGACAUAUGCAAUCGUCUAGGUGAGCUUUCAGUUGAGAAGCUCUACUCCACCUCACGUACACACGAAGCAAUUAAGACCCUUGCAACCGAAUUCUCACAGCUUGCCUGGUUCUUCGCUUUGGCAACCCCGUCCCGGCCUGGAUAUUCAUUACCCGAGGCAUCCAUUUCCGCCACAGAGAACGUCCGGAUUACUCGUGCCUUUUAUCGUGUGGAAUUGUUUCUCAGGUUGUAUGGGCAGAUUCUCCCCCACUCUGAGGUUCCACGAUCAGACGGCCCUAUCUGGUUCUACGGGCAGCAUAAUCCCUGGGAGUGCCAUCAAAUCUUGGCCGUCUACGAAUUCUUGGAUGAUACCGUUAUGAUUGUCUCCAGCAGGUUUGCUACAUCAUCUAUGAGCAGCGAGGGCGCUGUGCUAUUCCACCAGCUCUCGAUUGCCCAAGGUGUAAGACAUAUUCGUCAUAUUAGAAAAAAAAUCCCUAUUUCUCUAUCCGAACAGGAAAUGGAAUCGGCCUUUGAUAAAAUGGUGCAAGAGCCCUGGCUUGAUCCGUUUUCACCAAGACAUGAUUGUGAUCUAUCGGAAUACAGUGACCACAAUGAUAGUCUAAUGACGGCGCUACCCAGAUCUAACCCUGAUUAUUCCUAUAGAGACACUGCAGUAAAGGAAAAUUGGGCGGAAACUUACAGGCAUCGGCAAGGGAUUCCUGAUGAGGAGGAGAUGCGCUCUCUCCGCAAGACAGGCUUUGUAUUCUGGGACCAACCUUGUGAAGAGCGGAUAUUGUGCCCGAUGACAGCAAUAUUUGACCUUGUUUCUGCGCAGGCUGAAGAGUCUGAUUCGGAAUAUGAUUAUGACGAGGACAUAUCUGAUGAUGAAUAG